UCCGCUCUGAUUCCUCCGCCAUCUUAUGUCGCCUUUCCAUUGUUCGGAAACGGAGCAGGCGAACGAAGGUGGUGGGACUUGAACCGUGCGCUUUUGACCAACUAUUUCGAAGACGACAGUUCGACGAACGGUACAGGAGGCGUCGCGGCGCGCGAGCAGCCCCACGAGGACGGGAACGGAGCGGAACGGCACGCGACGGUCACUGGAGGAAUUCGAGUCGCGCGGAUUUCUCUCUCUCUCAGGGUUCGAUUUCUCGCACGGUCGGAGCAACACGAUGGAAGACGAACAGCCCAAAACCUUGUACGUGGGUAACCUGUCCCGCGAUGUGACGGAGGCCCUCAUCCUUCAGCUCUUCAGCCAGAUUGGGCCUUGCAAGAGCUGCAAAAUGAUUGUAGAUACGGCAGGCAAUGACCCUUACUGCUUUGUGGAGUUCUAUGAGCACAGGCACGCUGCAGCGUCUUUAGCUGCCAUGAAUGGACGUAAAAUAAUGGGUAAGGAGGUUAAGGUCAACUGGGCUACCACCCCGAGCAGUCAGAAAAAAGACACAAGCAAUCAUUUCCAUGUGUUUGUUGGUGACCUCAGCCCAGAGAUUACCACAGAUGACAUUAAAGCUGCUUUUGCACCAUUUGGCAGAAUAUCUGAUGCACGUGUAGUGAAAGACAUGGCUACUGGAAAGUCCAAAGGCUACGGCUUCGUGUCCUUCUUCAACAAAUGGGAUGCAGAGAAUGCCAUUCAGCAGAUGGGAGGGCAGUGGCUGGGUGGCAGGCAGAUCAGGACUAACUGGGCCACAAGAAAGCCCCCUGCUCCCAAAACAACCUAUGAUGCCAACACCAAGCAUCUCUCAUUUGACGAGGUGGUUAACCAGUCCAGCCCCAGCAACUGUACGGUCUACUGUGGAGGUGUCACCACUGGCCUAACAGAGCAAUUAAUGAGGCAGACCUUCUCCCCAUUUGGACAAAUUAUGGAAAUCAGAGUGUUCCCUGACAAAGGCUAUUCAUUUGUGAGGUUUAAUUCCCAUGAGGGGGCAGCCCAUGCUAUUGUGUCUGUGAAUGGUACCUCAAUAGAGGGCCAUGUGGUGAAAUGCUACUGGGGAAAAGAGACAACAGACAUGGUGAAUCCUAUGCAGCAGGCGCAGGUGCCCCAGCAGAACAAGGUGGGCUUUGCAGCCCAGCCCUACGGUCAAUGGGGGCAGUGGUACGGUAACGCUCAGCAGAUUGGCCAGUACGUACCCAAUGGUUGGCAGGUGCCAACCUAUGGGGUAUAUGGACAGGCUUGGAACCAGCAAGGUUUCAAUCACAUACAGCCUGGCGCUGGGUGGACAGGCGUCAGUGCUGUGAGCAACGGUGGUGUGGUGGAGCCGGCACAGGGUGUGAAUGGGAGUGUGCUAGCAAACCAAUCCGGCAUGGGAACCACGGGAUACCACACUCACUGAUGAUGGGGGCUGAAUUGGGAGGCUCCAGGCCUACGUGACCAUGGAGCACCCUCUGGGAUUCACACAGGCUGUUUUGUUUAACAGUUAAGAACUUUGUCUGUGUGCGUGUGUGGACAGAAUGCAAGGAGGGGGGGGGG